AUGCUUGAUCCAAGACCUGAACUUGCCAACGACUAUGUCCACUUAUUUGAUCCCAACAGCCGUAUAAAUGAUAGUUAUGGCAGUUGGGGGGUUUUGAAUUAUAGUACCAGAGCCCGAAAAACUGCACAAAACUAUGAGAAUUACAGGAGUUGGAAUGGUGAUGGGGUUCAAUUUAGGCCUGAAAGUAUUGAAGAUGAGUCUGGUGUUUGUUCACCACCCUUGUGGAAGACUAGUCCUCCCACAAGUCCGGCUAGUCCACGGCAUCACCAGAACAAUUAUCGGUAUCUCUCUCCAACAUCAAGAACUCAGGCAAUAGCCAGAGGGCAGAGGGAGCUUAUGGAGAUGGUCAAGAGAAUGCCCGAAUCAUCGUAUGAGCUCUCCUUGAAAGAUCUUGUUGAGCAGCAGCCUAGAAUUGAAGCUCCAGAGGAAUGUUUGCUUCAAGAAAAAGAAUUUGAUGAUGAAGUUGUUCAUCAAAGGGUGAAGGUAAAGAGGCAAGAAAGUAAGAGAAAUGAAAAGAAAACAAAGAUGAUGAGAAAUGCAAGCUUUGAUCAUGGAGGAGGAUUGUUUCUUAAGAUGGUGUUUCCAAUUUCAUUUGGAUCAAAGAAGAAGAAAAAGAAUUCAUCAGUUACAAACACUUGUGCAAAAGUUUCUCCAAAGCCUGAGAAUUUUGAUAAGGCCUCAAAGGUUGCUGAGAAAGAUUGGUGGAAGAAAAGAUUUUCGGGUUCGAGUUCAAGUAGAACAAGUAGCAAUAGUGGCAGCAGUGGAAGCAGUGGAAGCAGCAGCAACAACAGGAAGAAGAGCGGUUUUUUGCCCGGUUGUUGGUCCUUCUUCUCCUUCAAGAAUAGAAAAUCAGGAAAGUAAACGGAGCCAACAUUUCUGAAUUGACAUUCUUGUGAAGAGGUUAUUAAUGUUUUCUGAAUACAGUAGAGUAUCAGAAAUUGUUACAGAAGGAUAUGGCAGUAUAGCUUAUGUAUAUUCUUAAAUAUUUUUGAAGAGUUGUCAAUUGCUUUUGUUGUUUUUAUUUCCGGAUUUCUUCUACCCCUUGUUUGCCAAGUGAUGAGAGUUGCUCUCAAUCCAAUAGGUGCUUCUGUUUGAGGAUUUGUAUGCAAGUUAUACGAUGAAUUGUAAUGUUUAACAAGAGA